UCCAAUUUAUACUUGUGUUUGCAUUGUCAAAAUGGAAUGCUAAUUAUCUUUCAAGUUACUGCUUCGGUUUCUGGCGCAUCAAGAUGCCAUUUAGAUUGCAAGCAAAAAAUCAUUGACAGUUAUGUGUUUUGUGUGUUUUUGGUAUUAUAACUAACUUUGCAAAAUGAUUAAUAAAGAGUCCGGACUUAUUAUAGACAAAAUAUGUCGGUGUUGCAUGUGUGAAAAUGAAAACAUGCUCAAUAUGUUUGAGCAAAAAAGUGAAGAUGAAGCCGAAGACUCUACAACACUUCUAUCGGAUAUGCUGGUGGCUUGUGCUUCUAUUGAGGUUUCUUCUGGAGAUGGUUUGCCAAAUAAAUUGUGUAAAGGAUGCGAAGAAAAGUUAAAAAGUGCCUAUGAAUUCAGGAAGUUAUGUCAAAAAUCUGACUCCACUUUAAAGGAUCUAACUCAGGAUACAAAAAAAGGGAUUCGACAAGAGGAAGAUAUAGUUGUUCAACCAGAUUUACACGAUGACGUUUUUGUCGAAGAUGAAGAUAACGUUCCACUUUUAGAAAGAGGUGUGAAAAGAAAACGGGGUAGGCCUAGAAAGAAAGAUGUAGAAAAUUUGACAUGUCAGUUUUGUAAUAUAGUAUUGCAGACCAAGAAAGGAUUAAGGAUACAUCUUCGUUCGCACGCUGGUGAAAAGAUACAACAAUGUUUGUUUUGUGAUGCUAAAUACAGUAGAACUAAUCACUUGCUUAGGCAUAUUAAUACACAUAAUAAGCCUGGAUUGAUACAUUCUUGUGAAAGUUGUGAUAAAACUUUUGCCGAAGCAGCUGUGCUAUAUCAUCAUAGCAAAGAACAUGAAGAAACAGAACACAGUUUAAGGGUAAAGGAAAUUAAAAUUGAAAAAGAUAUUAAAACUGAAGGACCAGAACUUUUUGAUAUCAAUAAGGAAGAUAAAAAAUAUGAAAAUGAAAUAGCAACUGAAAAAGACCAAGAAGUUACUCAAUACAGUGAUCAAGAUGAUAAUUGUUUCAAUGAAUUCGUACCAAGUGAUGGAGAUGAUAGUAAAGGUAGUGAUGAAGAUUUUACAAUAGCUCUUGAAGAGAAAAAGACCAAAGGAAGGAAGAAGAAAAAAGUGAAAACAGAAGAUACACAAGAUGAUAAAGACAAAGCUUUGUAUGAAUGUAAGGAAUGUUCUAAAGUAAUGACAACAUAUUUGGGACUCAAAAUUCACAUGAGGAAACAUACCGGAUCUGAUUUGUCCACGUGUAAUCUGUGCAACAAGUCAUUCACUAAACACAGUCAUCUUGUAAGGCAUUUACACACUCAUGGCAUAGUUGAUGAAGAGAAUAUGAAAACUCUCAAGAAAUAUACAGAUUCAAAAGGGAAAAAGAUCAUGGAAUGUGACUAUUGUGAUCGAAAAUUCAAAUACAAGAAGAGUUUCUUACACCACAUGCAUCAGGAACAUGGCAUGGAUGAUUUUGACAGCGAUUUUGAUAAAGUAGAUGGCGACAAAUUGAAAAAAAUAAAAUCCGAAUCGAAGGAUGGCCAAGAACACACCAACAUGGGAGUUGGUUUGUCUCAUGAUGAACUUCAAAUUAACAGCACAAAACAAGAAGAUGACGAUGGCGAUGUUGGUAUCCCUGAUGCCGAAAAUGUAUUCGUGAAAAAAGCAAGAAGUAAAAAUCAAGUUUGUCAUGUAUGUGGUGCAUCAUUUUCGAGAGCAAAUCAUCUUACAAGACACAUGACUUUGCAUCGAGCUGUUCUUAUUCAUCAGUGUGACAGAUGCGAAAAGGCAUUUGCUACAGAAGAACAUCUCAAAGUUCACGUUGAAGAGGAACAUAUCAACAAACCUUAUGUUUGUACAGUUUGUAACAAACCGUUCAGCAGGGGCGAGCAUUUAAUAAGACAUUUGAAAGUACAUCAAAAUUCUUCUGAUAAAGAUACUAAUUUGAAGUGCUCAAUAUGUGAAACUACAUUCACAAGAUCGGAUCAUUUGGCAAGGCACACAAAGAUUCAUCUACUUCAAGAUAAACGUCACGUUUGCGGCGAAUGCGGCAAGGCUUUUAAUCGUUUGGACAAUCUAAAGACCCACCAAAGAAUCCAUACUGGCGAAAAGGAUACUUCAAAGUUGCAUUUGUGCAUCUAUUGUGGAAAGGAAUUCAAUAAUUCCAGUAACAUGAUUGUUCAUAUGCGGCGUCAUACAGGUGAGAGGCCAUACAAGUGCAGCGAAUGCGGUAAAGGUUUUCCGAGAUCGCACGAUUUAAAAUGCCACGAACGUACACAUUCUGGAGAAAAACCCUACCUGUGUACUUUAUGUGGUAAAUCGUUUAAUAAGAGUAAUAAAUUGUUGCGUCAUAGUAGAGUUCAUACAGGAGAACGUCCGUAUGUAUGUAAUAUUUGUAGUCGAGCAUUUACUCAAUCCAACGAUUUAGCGUUACAUAUGCGCAGACACACCGGAGCCCGACCUUACGCUUGCGGUGUAUGUCCGGCACGAUUCAUUCAAUCGGGGCAAUUAAAAACACACAGAAGAACCACCGGUCAUUGGAUGGACGUUCAGCCAGACCUGAAAGGAGGACAUCGAGUCGAACCCGUUACUCCCGCUCAUGAACCGAUGCCUAUAAGAUUUAAAGUACAUAGGACUAUGAAGAAGGAACAAAAUAUUCUCGAACAAGCUGGCCUAAUGACAACUCAGGCAUCAACAUCCGACGGCGUAACAAUGAAUAAUCAAGUUCAAUCGAUACAAAGCGAACCACAUAGAAUUGUAAUGGGUAUUAUGGGUAAUUUGAAAAUUCCCGGUCCAGAUGCCACCAUCCAACCUCUAUUAAUCGACGGCGCCAAGUUAGCAGAACUGCACAAUGCAGGCUUAGUAAACUUACCAUCUGUUAUCCAAACAACGAACGGUGAUGAAAUCAAAUUGAAAUCGGAAGUAGCAAAUUUUGGUAUGCCACAAGAAAUUGAAAAACGGGAAAGUAACACAAACAACUCGUAUCAGGACGAUGUAGUGAUAUAUUCGAGCGUUGGACAUACUUCGACUACUUACACAAGCAGUGAAAAUUUCAAUUUCCAAAACUUCCAUUAAGUUUUAUAUGGAGUGUGUUUUAUAUUUGUGUUUAGUACAAUUUUAGUUUUAUAGUGAUAGGAAUUGGUCUAUCGCCAUAUCAUUUCUUCAUGCAAGCAUAUUAGAAAAUUUAGGCAAAAAAGUCUGUAGUAGUAUGUUUACCACGUUUUUGUGUUGAAACAAAAACAUUUGAAAACUUUUGAGGUGGUCAAUUCAGUCGGGAUAUAGCUUUUGAAUUCCUUUUCCCCUAACUUUUUUUUGUCAAAAAAUUAUCAAAUUAAAUAAAA